CUCUCUUUAUAGGUCGAUCAUCGGAGCAGAAAUCAACGAGGAAAAUGCCUGAAAGUAUGACCAGCCUGGCAGACAAGUUGCAGGACUUGGAGUUGUGCCUCAAGAGUCAGCAUAGUCACGACGUCGGGUAUGCGCGGGCUCUGAGAGAAGCCAUUCUUUCCAUGGAUCUCUUCAUGGAGUUAGAAGUCCUAAAAAGUCUUGGAGACCUGCAUCUUCAGAAAGGCAAGCAAAGUAAAGAUUCGGCAGAGUUUGACACGGCUGCUGCCCUGUAUGCUGCUGCCUUACUGCGCUGCAAAGAUCCAGGCAUGGGAGAAACGCUGGAACAUCGUAUCGGCUACAUGGAGAAACUCUACAGACAACUACUGCAGGGGUACACUCCACAGUAUCAGUGGUUGUCACCAGACUACUGGGGCACUGCUGACAGUAAUGUCUUAAGGGUGGCAGAAAUUUGCAACAAAUUAGACAAAAGGGUGGGUAAACUCUGGCAAUCUGAUGAGGAGUCCUACACAGAAACAUUAGUGACUGCAAUCAGCAAGGGUGACACGUUCUUGGAGGUUGAGGUCCUCAAAUAUCUAGGAGAUUUCUACUUUGAGAAAGGCAAGAAAAAAUCCAAACCAUCCCAGUUCUCCAAGGCAGCUGCCAUGUACGGCAAGGCCCUGACCAGAUGUGAGGAUCCGGAGACGAAACAGACUCUGCACCAUCGUGUCUUGUACAUGGUGAAGAUCUGGGGAGCAGUGAGGGCUAGAAAGCAAUCAUCAGCAAACACAUCAAGAAAAAGAGGAAGAGGAAGAAGAAGAAGAUCACCCACGAGGCCUCAGUUUGGGAACAUCAAAAGACCUGAUGUUACUCAGGGCAACCACCCAAGUCCAGACAAUGACAGCUCAUACCAAGACCACCUACAGGAGGGCUGCAGGGCCCUGCAGACAGGAGACCUGGGCUCAGCAGAACAACACUUUGCAGCUGCACUCAAAUCUGUACAUGUCAAAUUUUCAAAAUCUGACCAACACAUCAAAGAAGCAGAGCCCCUCUACAAGUUAGGCGACGUCUACAUGAAGAGAGGAAUCCAGUCUAAAGACGGGGCAGACUUCACCAAGGCUGCAGCACUCUGUAAUGCAGCACUACCAACCACAAUCUGGGAGACUAUUGAGAAUCUGAACAAAACUGGCGCUAUCAAUCGUGAAAACGCACAUCACUUGAUGGUGAUGGUGAGCAUCUCAGCAGAACUGAGGCUGCGGACAUACAUGAGUAAUGGAGGCCAGGUGGAAAGCAUGUCAACCUUGUCAUCAACAUCACCAGACACAGACAUUGGGGAGACAUUAAAGAAAGUGUUUUACUUUUCAAAUGCCAAACAGCUCAUGAGAUACUAUUACACAGAAAGGCCAACAAAGUGCUUUAUUUCACACCUUCCCAACCGCCAUUCAACAGAGGAAUUAUCAAUUCUAUUUGAUGACUCCCCCAGACUAAAAGCAGAGGUGUAUAGAAGUCUGUGUGAUUAUGAAAACUGUAAGACAUGUACAGAACAAGCACUACAGAGUGAUACAUCUAAAUAUGGUGAAGGGAAUCCACAUCCUGACAUUGCUGCGUCUCUUAACAACCUUGGAGAGGCCUGGGACAGACUUGGUGAUCAAAGAAAAGCCGCCAGUUAUUUUGAACAGUCACUAAAGAUGAAGCAGAGUAUCUAUGGGGAGAACACCGAACAUCCUGACAUUGCAAGAUCACUUGUCAAUUUGGGCAGGGCAUGUAGCAAACUCGGUGAUUGCAAAAAGGCCGUCAGUUAUCUUGAACAGUCACUACAGAUGAUGAAGACUAUCUAUGGGGAGAACACCGAACAUCCUGACAUUGCCACAUCACUUACUAACUUGGGCACGGCCUGUAGCGAACUCGGCGAUUACAGAAAUGCCGUCAGCUAUUAUGAACAGUCACUUAACAUGAAGAAGAGUAUCUAUGGGAAGAACACCGAACAUCUUGACAUUGCAGGAUCACUUAAUGGUUUGGGAAAUGCCUGUAUGGACCUGCGUGAUCACAAAAAGGCCAUCAGCUAUCACGAACAGUCACUUCAGAUGAUGAAGGCUAUCUACGGGGAGAACACCGAACAUCCAGACAUUGCCAAAUCACUUGGCAACUUGGGUAAUGCCUGUAACGAACUUGGAGAUUACAAAAGUGCAGUCAGCUAUCAUGAACAGUCACUACAGAUGAUGAAGGCUAUCUAUAGGGAGAACACCGAACAUCCAGACAUAGCCACAUCACUUAAUAACUUAGGCAAUGCCUGUGUGCAACUUGGUGAUUACAAAAAGGCCGUCAGCUAUCAUGAACAGUCACUGCAGAUGAAGUGGAGUAUCUAUGGAGAGAACACCGAACAUCCUGACAUUGCCACAUCACUUAACAACUUGGGAAAUGCCUGUACGGAUCUUGGUGAUUACAUAAAAGCUGUCAGCUAUCAUGAACAGUCCCUAAAGAUGAGUUGGACUAUCUAUGGGGAGAACACCGAACAUCCUUACAUUGCCACAUCACUUAAUAACUUGGGCACGGCCUGCGGCAAACUCGGUGAAUACAGAAAAGCUGUCAGCUAUCAUGAACAGUCAUUAAAAAUGAAUCAGAGUAUUUAUGGGGAGAACACCGAACAUUCUGACAUAGCCGACUCACUUAAUAACUUGGGCGUGGCCUGCAGCAAACUCGGUGAAUACAGAAAAGCGGUCAGCUACCAUGAACAGUCACUAAAGAUGAAACAGAGUAUUUAUGGGGAGAACACCGAACAUCCCGACAUUGCCCGCUCACUUGAUAACCUUGGUGGGGUCUGUAGAGAACUCGGUAAUUACAGAAAGGCUGUCAGCUAUUAUGAACAGUCACUAAAGAUGAAGCAGAGUAUCUAUGGGGAGAACACCGAACAUCCUGACAUUGCCGACUCACUUAAUAACCUUGGUGGGGCCUGUAUAAAGCUGGGCGAUCACAGAAAGGCCGUCAGCCAUUAUGAACAGUCAUUACAGAUGUAUCGGAGUAUCUAUGGGGAAAACACCGAACAUCCUGACAUUGCCACAUCACUUAAUAACUUAGGCUCAGCCUGUAGCGACCUUGGUGAUUACAGAAAGGCCGUCAGGUAUCUUGAACAGUCACUACAGAUGAGGCGCAGUAUCUAUGGAGAGAACACCGAACAUCCUGACAUUGCCGCAUCACUUAAUAACUUAGGCUCAGCCUGUAGCGACCUUGGUGAUUACAGAAAGGCCGUCAGGUAUCUUGAACAGUCACUACAGAUGAGGCGCAGUAUCUAUGGAGAGAACACCGAACAUCCUGACAUUGCCGCAUCACUUAAUAACUUGGGCACGGCCUGUAGCGACCUUGGUGAUUACAGAAAGGCCAUCAGCUAUCAAGAACAGUCGCCAAAGAUGAGACAGAGUAUCUAUGGGGAGAACACCGAACAUCCUGACAUUGCCGAAUCACUUAACAACCUGGGCGCGGCCUGUAGCGGUCUCGGUGAUUAUAGAAAAGCCGUCAGCAAUUUUGAACAGUCCCUUCAGAUGAGGUGGAGUAUCUAUGGGAAGAACACAGAACAUCCUGACAUUUCGAACUCACUUUACAACUUGGGAGCAGCCUAUGGCAAUCUCGGUGAUUACAGAAAAGCCAUUAUCUAUCUUGAACAGUCACUACAGAUGAAGCAGAGCAUCUAUGGAGAGAGGUAUGCAGAUCCUCAAUUUGUAAUGUCACUUAACAACUUGGCUGUUACUUUGGACAACCUUGGUGAUCACAGAAAGGCCGACAACUAUCGUGAUCAGGCAAUGAGGAUGAGAGAGGUUAUCCAAGAACGAAAUAAAGCACAAUCUCACACAGGUUGAUUCUGGUGAAACCUAAGAAUAUUUCAAUGGCCAUGAAAUGGAAUUGCUGGUCUAAACCAA